AUGAAGUAUAGUUUGUCUCUCGCUACUGCUGCUUUAAGCUUAGCGGCCAAGGCUUCUGCUGAAGUUUUUAUUGUCGACAAUGACACUCCUACUGCGUUGCAAGUCUUGCUACCUUUGGCAGCUGGAAAGCAGGUUUUAGGUAUCACUACCAAUUUGGGUGACUACGAUACGGAUGCAGCUACUUACGAAGCAGCUAUGGCAUUAGCAACAGGCAACUUGACGUCUUGUGUGCCUGUAUACAAAGGUGCUGAACAGCCUUUGGUAUUGGAUUACAAUACCUAUCACCUAUGGCAAGACCUUUAUGGUGAUAUCGUUUGGCAAGGUGCUUGGGGCAAAACCUACGAAAGCCCUGUUCCUGCCAAUGCUACUUACGAAUAUAACCAGACUGUAGGUGCUCCACAAUGGAUUAUGGAUACCAUCAAGAAUUCUGAUGACAACGUAACGAUUGUAGCAGCAGGUACCAUGACCAACCUCGCACUUGCCCUAGCACAAUGGCCCUCAAUGGCUGAGAAGGUCAAACUGGUUAUCAUGGGAGGUUACGUCGACGGUCAGAUAGCUCAGGUUACUGGCGGCGAUUUUGUCAACGACUUGUACUCCGACUUUAACUUGAUGAUCGACCCUGAGGCAGCUCAAGCGGCAUUGUCUGCUCCUUGGAGAGAGCUGGUUAUUGUUGGCAAUAUCAGUUCCGAAGUUUUCCCAACUCAGAACCUAUACAACGAAUUGAUCGCGGUAUCUGGUGGCUUGGCUGCAAUCAAGAAUACACCAUCGUUGUCUUACGUUGAGGAGACUGUAGGUAACGGUACUUUGCCUUCUUUCAAUCUUCCAUUCUGGGACGAAGUUGCUUCUGCAAUCGCUGCUGACCCUGAAAUUGUCACCGGGUCCUACGAGGCUUACGUUUCUGUUGACACUUCAUUCUCUUCUCCUUUCUAUGGCAGCUUGAGAAUGUACCCAAAAGAUCUGCGCGCUUCGAAAGGUGUGAGAACCAGUAAAGCCACCAUGAUCACCUCGAUCGAUGUUGAAAAGUUUAAUGAAAUGAUCGUCGAUGCACUUGUGAGAGACUGGUCGAACUAUUGCUCAACUGGUGAUGCUCCAAGUGUGGCUAUCAUGUAA